UUAGUAGCUGACGUGUUUCAGGGGCGCAGAAUACAAGAAGCGGAUCUAAGAGUCUUCUGAAUCGUUUAGUUUUUAAAGUCAAUUUUUAACGUGUUAUAACAAUGGAAGAAGAUUACUGUCUCAGCUCGGCAGAGUGGGACGGGCACGACGGAUCUCUGUUUUACCAAACGCCCGAUGAGUACAGAGCACAGCAGCGCCAGUGAAGACGGGCGAGCACUGAGCUGCCCCUGUGGUUCAGGACGAAUGUAUGGAGAAGUUCUCCAGCCGGGAUUAUAUCAUGAAACCCAGCAUCUUUACCUCCUUAAAGACGCUGGUGGGUCCCCAGAGCGUGUUAUCCAGCUUCUGUCUCACUGUCCUCUUCAAGAUGUUCACCAGCAUGGACCCUCCCCCCAUGGAGCUGAUCCGGGUCCCAGCCUUCCUGGAUCUCUUCAUGCAGUCCCUCUUCAAACCAGGUGCGAAAAUCAACCAGGACCACAAGUACAUCCACAUCCUUGCCUACGCAGCCAGUGUGGUGGAGACCUGGAAGAAGAACAAACGAGUGAACAUCAACAAGGAUGAGCUGAAGUCCACCUCGAAGGCCAUCGAGAUGGUCCAUAACCUGUGCUGCAAUGAGAACAAGGGGGCCACAGAGCUGAGCACACUGUACAGGUGCAUCAGUGGUUUUAGGUUCCCGGUGGUGGUGAUGGGCUUGUUGAAGUGGGUUGACUGGACAGUUUCCGAGCCUCGCUAUUUCCAGCUCCAGACAGACCACACUCCUGUACACUUGGCCUUGUUGGAUGAGAUCAGUACCUGUCACCAGCUCCUGCACCCCCAGGUCCUGCAGCUCCUCAUCAAGCUCUUUGAGACGGAGCACUCGCAGCUCGACGUCAUGGAGCAGAUGGAGCUGAAGAAGACCCUGCUGGACAGGAUGGUUCAUUUGCUGAGCAGAGGCUACGUUCUACUGGUGGUCGGCUACAUCCGCAAGUGCCUGGAGAAACUGAACACAGACAUCUCUCUCAUCAGAUACUUCGUGACUGAGGUACUGGAUGUGAUUGCUCCUCCUUAUCCAUCAGACUUCGUGCAGCUGUUCCUGCCAAUUUUAGAGAACGACGGCAUCGCCGGGACCAUUAAAACAGAGGGGGAGUGUGAUCCUGUAGCAGAGUUUAUAGGUAAGAGCUGUACUGCAGUGUGGCAGGAACAAGGAUUUUACAUUACACCCGAGGGGGCUGUCUGUACACCCAGCAACAGAACUACAAUGGAGGUCUGUAUUUCACUUACUUUGAACUGUGUUCCUGACAACUGCUUAUCCACUUACCAUGGGACCUGUAGAAGCCUGUCUCUCUUCAGAAUCGCCUGUUCAAAACUGAAACUGUGCAGACACAUUUGUGUUACAAGCGGUUAUGUGAAAUACUGUGAUGUACUUUACAACUAGACUGCAUUCUUUCUGUUUCAGCACACUGUAAAUCUAACUUCAUCAUGAUGAACUGACCUGGAUUAAAGAGCUGUGGAGCCAGCCUUGUUUUCUCAGUGCGUAACUCACACUGGAGUAGGUCCGUGCUUUUCAAGGUGGAAUACAGCAUGCUGUCUUUGCUCCACUUGCCAGUGGGACAGGGUGGGUUAAAAGACAGACCCAUGGUCAUGCAAGUGGGACUCUUCAUGAGGUCAGUGCAAGUGGGAGAGAGACUUCACCAGAACACACUGAGAGCUUUGGAAUGCACAAUGAAAGAAUGUGCAACAGCAUGUCCUUUCUCUUUUUCAGAUAUAAAAUUGAUUUAUGCUUGUACUAUAACUGUGGUCC